AACGUGUUCAUUUUUAGAACCCGCGUCUAAACCCUCCGUUUCGCCUCCAAGCCGGCAAAACCUAACUAGUUCAGAUCUCAAUCCCUCCGCUCUCUCCUCCGUCUGUUGCUCAGAUGGCGGCAAUGCUGCAACCCCAGAUCAUACUGUUGAAGGAAGGGACGGACACCUCGCAGGGGAAGGCGCAGGUCGUGAGCAACAUCAAUGCUUGCACCGCCGUGGCGGACGUGGUUCGCACGACGCUGGGUCCACGAGGAAUGGACAAACUCAUCCACGAUGAUAAGGGGAAUACCACCAUAUCCAAUGAUGGCGCCACCAUCAUGAAGCUGCUUGAUAUUGUCCAUCCUGCCGCCAAGAUUCUCGUUGACAUCGCCAAGUCUCAGGACUCUGAGGUUGGUGAUGGGACAACAACAGUGGUGCUUUUGUCUGGUGAGUUCCUAAAGGAGGCAAAACCUUUUAUUGAAGAUGGAGUUCAUCCCCAAAAUCUUAUUCGAAGUUACCGGACUGCAUCAUUUUUGGCCAUCAACAAAAUUAAAGAUCUUGCCGUAAGCAUAGAGGGAAAAAGUCUUGAAGAGAAGAAAUCCUUGCUGGCUAAAUGUGCAGCUACUACACUUUCUUCAAAGUUAAUUGGUGGUGAGAAGGAGUUUUUUGCAAACAUGGUUGUGGAGGCUGUCCUUGCAAUUGGCAAUGAUGAUAGGCUUAAUUUGAUUGGGAUAAAAAAGGUCCCUGGUGGCAACAUGAGAGAUUCAUUUCUUGUUAAUGGUGUUGCUUUUAAAAAGACAUUCUCUUAUGCUGGUUUUGAGCAGCAGCCAAAGAAAUUUUUAAACCCCAAGAUUCUUUUGUUGAACAUUGAGUUGGAGUUGAAGUCAGAGAAAGAAAAUGCAGAAAUCAGGCUUUCUGACCCUUUACAAUAUCAAUCAAUCGUUGAUGCUGAAUGGAAUAUCAUAUAUGACAAGCUAGAUAAGUGUGUUAAAAGUGGAGCAAAAAUUGUCCUAUCAAGAUUAGCAAUUGGUGAUCUUGCAACUCAGUAUUUUGCUGAUCGGGAUAUUUUCUGUGCUGGCCGUGUCAUGGAGGAAGAUUUACAACGUGUUGCUGCUGCAACAGGUGGAACUGUUCAAACCUCUGUCAACAAUGUCAUUGAUGAGGUACUUGGAUCUUGUGAAGCAUUUGAAGAAAGACAAGUUGGGAAUGAACGAUUCAACAUUUUUAGCGGUUGCCCUUCUGGUCAGACUGCUACGAUUGUUCUCAGAGGUGGUGCUGAUCAGUUCAUUGAAGAAGCAGAAAGGAGCCUUCAUGAUGCCAUUAUGAUAGUUAGGAGAGCUUUAAAGAACUCUACCAUUGUGCCUGGUGGUGGUGCUAUUGAUAUGGAACUAAGCCGGUAUUUGAGGCAGCAUGCCCGUACAAUAGCUGGCAAGUCGCAGCUAUUUAUCAAUUCAUUUGCCAAAGCUCUUGAGGUCAUUCCACGUCAACUUUGUGACAAUGCUGGAUUUGAUUCUACAGACAUCUUGAACAAACUAAGACAGAAACAUGCAUCUGGGGAAGGUGCAAAUUAUGGUGUGGACAUUAAUACGGGUGGAAUUGCAGAUUCAUUUGCAAACUUUGUAUGGGAGCCUGCUGUUGUGAAAGUCAAUGCUAUAAAUGCUGCAACUGAAGCUUGUUGUCUUAUCUUAAGCGUGGAUGAAACAGUGAAAAAUCCCAAGUCGGAGAGUGCUCAAGGUGAAGCUGCUGCAAGUGCAAUGGCUGGCCGUGGUAGGGGUGGAGCAAACUUUCGUGGCCGUGGCGGAAGAGGCAUGCGGAGACGGUGAUUUCCAACACCAUAUCCAACUUCUUGUUUUAGCCUUAUGGAGCGUUGUGCUUUUUUUUCCCCUCCCUCAUCUCGAUUUAUUUAAUUAACAUAUUAUGAGAUUUUUUUUUUUUGCUUUGGGAAACCAGUAUGAAUUGAAAUGUUCCUUUGUUGUCUUGGUAGUUAGGAUAUUGUUGCCGAUGCAUUGAUUUGUGUUUGUUGUGAAUGCAUUUGGAAUUGCAUUCUUAGAGACAAUUUUUGGUUACCAAGAUUCAUGGCAACGAAACUUGCUGAAAACCGAUCCUGUCUCAAAUUAUCAGGCCUGUAUAUUGUGACCCUUGUUAAGUCCUUUCUGCUAUGUAUCUUUAAACAAUUAGUGGUAGGAGAGUAAAGAGAGAGCAAUUGAGAUUGAAGGGGU